CCCUCCUCCCCUCCCCGCGAUGCUGCACUACCGCCGGCUCUUUCAGCGCGUUCGACGCGCGGCGGCGAUGGAGCCGAGCGGGCGGCUGUGAGGCGCGGCGCGCAGCAUGGCCUCGGCGGACGGCGCGGCGCAGCAGCGUUGCCCCGGGGCGGAGCGGGCGGCGGCGGCGCGGUGCCGCAGCCUGCCGGCAAUCGGCGGGGCGGCGCCCCUGGGCCGCGGGGCCGCGCUCGGCUCCCCCCUGGCGGCCGGGGGCGGCGGCGAUGCCUCGCCGAGCGCCGGCGCCCCGGCGGCUCCCGAGGACGGGUCGGGCGCCGCCGGGACUGCCGGCACCCCGCCUGUCGCCGCCGCCGCCGCCAUCGGGAGCUUCCCCCGGAGGACGGAGCCGGCGGCGGCCGGGAGAGGGGUGUCCCCCGGAGCCCCCCCGCCGCCUCCGCCGCCGCUGCUGCUGGCGGGGCCGCCGGGCAGAGCGUGCCUCCGGGCAGUGUUGGCGGACUCGCGCUUCUUCCUGGUGUGCAUGUGCUUCCUGACCUUCAUCCAGUCCCUCAUGGUCUCCGGCUACCUGAGCAGCGUCAUCACCACCAUCGAGCGGAGAUACAGCCUGAAGAGCUCGGAGUCGGGGCUGCUGGUCAGCUGCUUCGACAUCGGGAGCCUGGUGGUGGUGGUGUUCAUCAGCUACUUCGGGGGCCGCGGGCGCAGGCCGCUCUGGCUGGCCGUCGGGGGCUUCUUCAUCGCCCUGGGGGCCGCUCUCUUCUCCCUACCUCACUUCAUCUCCCCGCCGUACCAGAUCCAGGAGCUGAACUCCUCCGUCAGCAACGAGGGCUUGUGCGUGACCGGCAACGGCACCGCCAAGGAGCAGUGGGACUCGCCGGCCUGCAUCAAGGAUUCCGGUGGGAACGAUCACUCCCUCUAUGUAGCUUUAUUCAUUUGUGCCCAAAUUCUCAUCGGCAUGGGCUCCACACCCAUCUAUACCUUGGGACCAACCUACCUGGAUGACAAUGUCAAGAAAGAGAACUCCUCGCUUUACCUAGCCAUCAUGUAUGUCAUGGGAGCACUCGGUCCUGCAGCUGGCUACUUACUGGGAGGACUUCUCAUUGGUUUCUAUGUUGAUCCUAGGACAACUGUUUAUAUUGACCAGAAUGAUCCCCGAUUCAUUGGAAACUGGUGGAGUGGAUUUCUUCUUUGUGCCAUUGCAAUGCUCCUUGUGAUAUUUCCAAUGUUUACCUUUCCAAAAAAGCUUCCUCCUCGACAUAAAAAAAAGAAAAAGAAAAAGAAAAUGAACUCUGAUGAUGUUUCAAGUGAUGAUGAAGUCAUGAAAGAGAAAACAAAUAGCAAAAUACAAGCAGACAGUGCAGUUCCUGCUUCUAUGGGAUUUGGAAAGAAUGUUAAAGAGCUUCCACGGGCAGCUGUCAGGAUCUUAAGCAACAUGACAUUCCUUUUUGUGAGUUUGUCAUACACAGCUGAGAGUGCCAUUGUUACAGCUUUUAUUACCUUCAUUCCCAAGUUCAUCGAGUCACAGUUUGGCAUCCCAGCAUCCAAUGCCAGCAUCUACACUGGUGUAAUAAUUGUUCCAAGUGCUGGUGUUGGUAUUGUCCUAGGUGGCUACAUUAUCAAAAAACUGAAACUUGGUGCAAGAGAGUCUGCAAAGCUGGCCAUGAUCUGCAGUGGUGUGUCUUUGCUGUGUUUUUCAACUCUCUUCAUUGUUGGAUGUGAAAGCAUUAAUCUAGGGGGAAUAAACAUACCUUAUACGACUGGUCCCACUCUUGCCAUGGCCCACAGGAAUCUCACUGGGAGCUGUAAUGUGAACUGUGGAUGUAAAAUUCAUGAGUAUGAGCCUGUCUGUGGAUCAGAUGGAAUAACGUAUUUUAAUCCUUGCCUGGCUGGCUGCAUCAAUGGUGGAAACCAUAGUACAGGGGUAAGAAAUUACACAGAGUGCGCCUGUGUCCAAAGCCGCCAGGUUAUCACCCCGCCGACAGUGGGCCAGCGCAGCCAGCUCCGGCUAGUCAUCGUCAAAACCUACCUGAAUGAGAACGGCUAUGCUGUUUCUGGGAAGUGCGAUCGAACCUGCAACACACUUAUCCCAUUCCUGAUAUUUCUCUUCAUAGUGACCCUUAUUACAGCGUGCGCCCAGCCAUCAGCAAUCAUAGUGACACUCAGGUCUGUGGAAGAUGGGGAACGGCCCUUUGCACUAGGAAUGCAGUUUGUUCUAUUACGAACUCUUGCUUACAUUCCCACUCCAAUUUAUUUUGGGGCUGUUAUUGAUACCACAUGCAUGCUUUGGCAACAGGAUUGUGGCGUACAAGGAUCUUGUUGGGAAUACGAUGUCACCUCAUUUCGUUUUGUCUACUUUGGGUUGGCUGCUGCUCUCAAGUUUGUAGGAUUCUUUUUUAUUUUUCUGGCCUGGUACUCCAUUAAGUGUAAAGAAGAGCAACUACAGAGACAAAGAUGGAGGGCUUCGCCGGUGAACACUGUGAGUGAGAUGGUUGGCCAAGCUGGACUCCAACAAAACUAUGCACGGACUAGAUCCUGCCCUACCUUCAGUUCUCGAGGAGACAUUGGUAUGGCACAAGGAAUGAACUGCAUAGCACAGACAUACCCUGGCCCCUUUUCAGAAGCAAUAAAUUCCUCAAAUGAAAAUGCAUUGGAAGAAGUCACUGCUGAGAUAUAGACCCCUGGCUUGGUAAUGUAAUGUUUAAUUUUGUUGGUUGACUUAAUUAUGGCGCCUUGUAAAACACCUGUGCCUUCUAUUUUUAAUCUAAAUGUAACACAUGGUAAAACCAACAAAGCUUAAUGCAUACAACCAUAGUAUGUUCCUGAGGGCUGGAUACCUCAAACCAACCCAAGUUCUUAAUUCUCCCUUCCUGACAAUGGAGUUUUAAAAAUCGUGUUUGUAAUUAUUUCAGCUGUGUCCAUUAAAUGUCCAUGCCCUAUCUAAUAUCAGUGUAAGGAUGGAGAACAACAGAAGUCAGUGGAAGAGUGACAAAAACUCAUAUUGUUAAUGUCUAGAUGUCACAAAAAUGCUUAAAUGUAUCAUCUUUCACAUCUGCAAGUAAUAUUUUUAAGAGAUGAGUAAUUACUGUGAGUUCUGCUACAAAGCACAACUAAACUUGUUUAAACUAUGCAACUUACUCAGAUAAUUGUAUGUGCAGCAAAUUAUGUAUAAAGUUUGCUUUUAAAGACA